ACAUCCUGCACUUGUCAGUGAGCCAGCAGGUCAGCGUAUUUCCCUGCUGCCCUCAGACUGGCUGGAAUAGUGCACAGACUUAUGUUUCUAUUUGUGACACGGACUCAUUUAUGGAUAAACAGAGCGGAAGAGCGUGAUUCUGUGAAGUGACGCGCUGUGGCCGAAGGCAGGUUUGCACGAGCAAAAUCCGGUAGUGCGGAUUUCAGUGCAGGAAUCAGAGGAGUCUGUCAGACCGGUUCUUCUGCUUUACCGUGUCGCUGUAAAACAGAUACAUAGCAUGACAUACAGUCGUUUAAUGUGCGUUUAAAAGGGAGGUCAGCUCCGGUUGGGACAGCCCUGGGCUCCACGAGCAAGGAGUUAUGAGCAGUCUUACUAAGAAGAAGACACGGUUUAUUAACAAUCCUGGCAAUAAACUGUCUUUUGGCAAUAGAGACUGGAACGAUGACUUCAUCAGCCUCUACGAUGAGUCCUUUGGGAGAGGGAUGUACGGAUUGCAGCCAAACAAUGACAGACACCCUUCACCACGGGACGGAAUGACGCUGAGGCUCAAAAGUCCUGCCUCCGACAUCCUUCCUAGAGGCCAUCUGGACCUGAGCACAACUUCUGUCAUCAGCUACCUCCACACCGGCAAUACGAAUUACUGCACAAGCCCGGCCUCACACUACCACGAAAAGGACCGUCUGCUGGACAUCCGGAAACGGUCCGGCUCUUCCAGACGCCGGUUCGAGGUGGUCACGGAGCUGGGACCGGAGGAAGUCAGGUGGUUUUACAAAGAGGACAAAAAGACAUGGAAGCCUUUCAUGGGACACGACUCUCUCCGGAUAGAAAUAAUGUAUCGCAGAUUCUGCGAGCUAAACCCGGAGAGCAGCAGUGGUGGAGAGGAGAUUCUCAAAGAUGAUGGUCCCGAUGGAGGCGAACCAUCGCUGGAGACGCGCGAGCCCAGCGAGGAGACAUGUGAAAGUGUUGACAUCGCUAUAGAAGCCGUGUGCGUCCGAGGAGGACUCUAUGAAGUGGACGUGAGGAAAAAAGAGUGCUAUCCAGUGUACUGGAAUCAACAGGAGUGCAUCCCUGUCAUGAGAGGCCAGUGGUUCAUUGACGGCACAUGGACGCCUGUAGAGGAGGAUGAGAGCGACCUCAUAGAGAAAGAACACCUUGCUUGUUUCCGAGGACAACAGGUACAGGACGCUUUUGAGACUGACGCGCUGGCCAAGACUGUGGACAGGAAAGAUGCCAUUCACAGUCUGCAGUUGAGCCGCAGUCAUGUUGACUGGUACAGCGAUGAUGAGGUGUAUCUAUACAGUGACGCCACCACGUCUAAGAUUGCUCGCACUGUCACACAGAAGCUGGGGUUCUCUAAAGCCUCCAGCAGUGGCACUAGACUGCACCGCGGUUAUGUGGAGGAGGCCUCGCUGGAUGAUAAACCCCCUCAGACCACACACGUUGUGUUUGUGGUUCAUGGCAUUGGACAGAAGAUGGACAAGGAUCGCAUCAUCAAAAACACUGGCAUGCUGCGGGAAACUGUGAGGAAGAUGGAGGAGAAGCACUUUGCUGAGCAAACAGAGGAGCAUGUGGAGUUCCUGCCGGUCGAGUGGCGCUCUAAACUCGCUUUGGACGGCGACACAGUGGAGUCUAUCACACCAGAUAAGGUGAGAGGCCUGAGAGAUUUACUCAACAGCAGCGCCAUGGACAUCAUGUACUACACCAGCCCUCUCUACAGAGACGAGAUCACUAAAGGUUUGACGCAGGAGCUCAACCGCCUGUAUUCUCUCUUCUGCUCACGAAACCCUGAAUUUGAGAGGAAAGGCGGCAAAGUGUCCAUCAUCUCCCACUCUCUGGGCUGCGUGAUCACCUUUGACAUCAUGACCGGCUGGGAUCCUGUGCGCUUCUGUCUGCAAGAACAUCACGAUCAGCUGCUGGGGGACGAUUUACACUGGACGAGUUAUGAAGAGCGCCACCUGCUGGAGGAAGUGCAACUAACCAGACAAAGGUUACGAGAACUGCAAGAUCAGCUUCAGGGCCUGAAGGCAUCGACACCUGCACCCUUCCCUACGUUAAAGUUCAAGGUGGAGAACUUCUUCUGCAUGGGCUCUCCUCUGGCUGUGUUCCUGGCUUUGAGAGGGAUUCGGCCCGGAAACACCGGUGACCAGGACCACAUCAUGCCCAAAUCCAUCUGCCGGCGCCUCUUCAACAUCUUCCACCCAACAGAUCCUGUGGCCUAUCGACUGGAGCCUCUUGUUUUAAAGCACUAUAGCAAUAUCGCACCUGUCCAAAUACACUGGUGUAACACUAUCAACGCCACUCCAUAUGAUGAGAUCAGACCCACAUAUAUAAACGUCAGUAAGGACGUAGCGUCAGACACGGAGAACGGCCCCAGCACCUCACCUGUCCUGGCCAGUAGUUACUACGGAGAGUCCAUCACCAACCUGGGCAAGGCCAGCAUACUAGGUGCUGCGAGUAUCGGAAAGGGCAUCGGCGGGAUUUUAUUCUCCCAUUUCUCUCGCUCACCCAGCCUGCCGUCAACCGGGGAUUCUGGGAUGGGUGACAGUGAGGACAGCCAAAGCACUUUUGCAUAUUCAGCCAUAUCUCCAUCCUCUUCCUCCUCUUUAUUUGAUGCAGCAGUUGAGAUGGAGCAUCGCAUGGACUUCGAGCUUCGGGAGGGUUUGGUGGAGAGCCGCUAUUGGUCAGCUGUGACCUCACACACGGCCUAUUGGACCUCCCACGACGUCGCCCUGUUCCUCCUGACAUUCAUAUACAAACAACAGAGCACAGAGCAGGCAGGAAACGCCUCACACAAUAAAGACUGAUCCAUCCUAGGACACUUUAAAGAACACUUGGUGCCUCUGAGUUUCUUUCCUAAGCCUUCCGUACGGACAGAGGCUGGACUAUGCAAAGCUGCAUUAUUAGGAAACUGUAAUAUUUUUUAUAUAAUGUAAGUCCAAAGAAGAUCCGUAGGAAGUAUAUGCAGCAGACACGCACAGACAUUCACGCGGCUCUAUUGGUCAGCAGAACAUGAUAAACCCCUAAUAAUGACCGGCACUUAUUUAAAUGUGUACGUUUUAUAGAUACCUUUGUUUUGACCUGAGAAAUCAAUGUCUGUUUAAUGCAAUAACAUGUUUAACAAUAUGCAUAACUAAAUGUUUAUUGUUAACACAGUUGUAUUUUUAUGCAGAAGGGUUCGUUGUGCCCUCACAACUAGAUAAUUUAUUUAUUUUAUUGACUCGGUGCACAUGAUUAUGAAUGAUUAUGGAUGGCUUGGGAAGAGAUUUCCACUUGCUGCUGGCACAGUUUUUAUAGCCAAAUCAUUCCAUCAUUGAAUCUCACAAAACUUGGCAUGGGCUGCAAUCUGUUUCGGGAAGAUUGUCCCUUCACUCGUACUGUAGUUUUAGUGUUUAUAUGUGCCACAAAUAACAACACUAUUAACAUGUAGACGCUAGCUCAUGGAAAACAUGGUAUUUAGGCUAGACUCUAUAGAUGUCAUGUCUGCAGGUUAAAGUGCGAUGGGGCUCGAGACUGUUCUGUCGUGUAGUUUCAUGUUCCUGUUCCUCUGUUUAUAUGUCCAUAUAGGUCACAUGUUUAUGAAAAGUGUCGAUGCUACUGAUACUGGUGUUUGGUUCAUCUGUUCACCUGCACUUUAAGAGCAGAAAUGUCCAAGACGUGAAGGACAAUAAGAAGUGAAUUGGUUUAGAUUGAGACUGGCAAGAGUGGCAUUAUCUGUAUUUUUUUAUUUUUUACCCAUUAGACCUGUGUUUCCCAGCCUGUUUUUGUCUUAUGUAUCCCACGUGCCCAUCAUAAACUUUAUCAACUACAGAAACGUGUUCCUAUUAACUCGUGUUACACUGGAUCUUAGUGAGUUUUGCUGUUACUGUUAUUAAACUGCCUAUUUUUAUUUAUAAAUGAAAUCAUUCAACAGUGGUAAAUGAUUUGCCGUUUUAUGUGGUGCGAUUUAAGAAUCACUAAGUAGGAAAAAUUUACAUUUUAUUCAUUCAGCAGAUGCUUUUAUCCAAAGUGACCUACAGAAGAGGAACAAAAACAAUGCAAACAUCACCAGAUAAAGAGGUUUUAAUGAGAAUCGGACAUUGGAGGUCUGUUAUAUAAGAUUAACUCCAUAAAAUAAAGAGAAAGUUAACAUUAAUCGAUAACGAUAACACAUAUAUGUACUACACAAGUUUUAUGUUUCUGUUUUACAGGUUUAUACACAAAGCAAAGUCUUGUCAACAUCUCAACAUUUAAGUUGGGAAUCACUGUUCUUGUGUGCGUGUGUCUGUGUUGUGAGUGUGCGUUUUUGUGUUUGUGCAAGUGAGAAUGAGUGAGUGUGUGUGUGCCUGUGUGUGUGAGCGAGAGAGUGUGAGUGUGUGUGGUUAUCUGUGAAAUGGGUUGCAUGUUAUAUCAGUGACAUCUGACAAAUAUUGUGUUUUCCUGUGUCAAAUAUAUAUAUAUAUAUAUAUAAUAUAUAUAUAUAUGGCAUUAUCCAUGUUUGGUUAUCUGCACCAGCAGUCAUUUUCUUAAGGGUUUCUCAAGUAAAACAGAGAAAUAAAUAGCUUAAGUUUACCUGUUUUUGGGUACAACGUUUAUGUAUGUAUUAGUUCAUAGCGGGGCAACAUUGCUCUUGUUUGAACUUUGCUGCUCUUUUCAGUGCUCAAAUAAAAAAAAACAAUAAUAAUAAAGUUGUUGAAAACUG